AUGAUUGCAUUUCUUGAUUGGAUAUCAGCAUUUUUAAAUAGACGUUCAAGAGAACAUAGAUAUGUUGCUUAUGUUUUAAAUAAAGAAAAGGAACAUUUGAAGGAAAUGAUGAGUAAUGAACUUUAUGAUGGUCAAAUUUCUAGUUCUGAUUUGAGGGAACGUUGGGAAUCUCAUAAUAUGCAUAUUGUAUCUAGUGAAGAGGAUAUUAAAAGAUUAGAAAACGAAGCACAUGAUCGUUGGGCAGAAAGAAAUGUUUUUGCCCGAUUUAUAAAUGCUGUAGGAAAUUGUAUAUGUGCACAUACCGAUAUUAUAUGUUAUGCUUUUGCUGUUUUUGUACAUGGAAAAACUGCUGGAUUAUUAACUUUACCAUUACCAGCACUAGUUUUCUUUUGGGGAACUUUGGCAAAUCCUCGUCCUUCAAAAUUUUUUUGGGUUACAAUGAUUAUUUGGACAGAAUUGGUUAUUGUUGUUAAAUUUGCUUUUCAAUUUGGAUUUUGGGAUUGGAAUUCUAUUGCUGAAGAAGCUAAAAAUUCACAUAAAAUAUAUAAAUUACAAUAUAUUUUUGGUGUUCAAAGAGUUGAAUAUUUUGCUGUAACUGAUGUGGCUUUAUUAAUUGCGCUGUUUUUUCAUAGAUAUAUGCUUCGAAAACUUGGAUUAUGGAGAGAUGCAAAUUCCGAUAGACUUUUAGCAUAUACUCCACAAAUAUUAAAUAAUAAUAAUGACAACAAAAAUAAUUUAUCGUCAUCAUCUUCUUCAGAACAACAAAGUCCAAAUAAAAAGAAAGGAAGAACACAAAAUGGUUCUACAGCAACAGAAACUUCAGCAAUUACAACAACUUCUAUAUCUGAUGAUCAAAUUAAUUUAGAAGAGAUUGAUAUUGAAAGCGGACAUAAACCUACAAAUACACCAGCAACGGCAGAACCUGUUUUAACAGAAAAUUCGAAGCCACCCUCACCUCCUUCAAAAAUUGUACAUUUAAGCGUUAUUGGAAAUUUUAUUGAAAAGUUAAUUUAUCCAAAAUUUCGUUAUAUUUGUGAUUUUUAUCCAUUAAUGUUCUUUUUGGAUAUUUUUUGUAUGCUUAUAAUUGCUUUUGGUUAUUCUUCUUUUGGUGAGGGAGGAACUGGGGAUGUUGUUAGUGAUAUUAAGAGUAAUAGAAUACCAAUAACACUUGUAGUUAUAAUUCUUGUCCAAUCUUUAAUGAUUGUUUUGGAUAGAGGACUUUAUUUAAGGAAAGCUGUUGUUGCUAAAUUAAUAUAUCAUUUGCUUACUUUAAUUAUUGUGCAUGUUUGGAUAUUUUUUAUUUUACCUUUAUUUACACAAAAGGAAGCAUAUACAAAUGGAGUAGCAAGAUUUUUAUAUUAUAUCAAAUGCAUUUAUUUUUUAAUUUCUGCUUGGCAAAUAAGAAAUGGUUAUCCUUCUCUUUGUAUUGGAAACUUGCUUACACACUCUUAUGGUUUAAUUAAUAUGACAUGGACGGAUACCUCAAUGCCUAUUUUUGACUUUUUUAAUAUGGAAAAUUUUUAUGCUGUUGUUUACAAUUUAAAAUGUGCUCGUAAAUUUGAAGAAGCAUUUCCUGCACCUCGAGGAGAACCUAAAGGGACUGUUAUUAAGUAUUUAAUGGGCUUACCAUUAAUUUUAAUAAUGAUUUUACUUGUUUGGUCACCAAUUAUUGCGUUUGCAUUAAUCAACACAAUUGGGAAUAUUUCUCCUCCAGAGAGUGCAAUAAUGACUGUUAGCCUUGAAGGAUUUCCUCCACUUUAUAAAAUGGAAGCAAAAGGUUUAGGAUUAAUGGCAAUAACACAGCAAGAAUAUAAUACAUUAAUUAGUAAUUUUUCUGAUAUAAAUGGAAGAGAAUCUGAAUUAAAUACUGAUGUUGUUGAUAGAACAAGAAAAGCAUCUGCUUAUAUUACACAAUAUACAGCUAAAGAUAUUCUGAAAGUCAAAUUUCGUCCAGAAUCUGAAACUUUUUGGCAAAUUUCACCAGUUUCUUUAAUUGCUUUUCGUGACUUUUUACAAAACAACAAUACUGGAAAUCUAGAAUUAUCUUUUAAUUUUGAAUUUAAAAGACCACAAGAAGGAAAAAAAGAGCCACAAAUUCAUAGUUUUACACAAAAGGCAAAAAUACAUGGAAAAGAAUUGUUGGAUGCUAUUGAUAAUCGUUCACAUUGGUUUCAAGUUUUAAAUGCUCUACCAACAUAUUUAGUAAUUCCUAGUGAGGGUGAAGUUCAAAUUGCAAAAUUAUUACAACGUGCUGCUGAACGUAGAAUUAAUUCUGAUUCACCUUCUAAUAUUACAAGAACAUUUAAUCAUUGGAAAAUGAGGCUGGUUGAGACGCCGACUUCCAACUCAACUUAUUGGCUAAGUCAAAUGGAAUUUAAUGAAAAUAUUACAAAACUUACAGCAAUACCUUCCCCAGAAUUGAUUGAAUAUGGAUCGAGAGAUUUAAAUUAUACUGAAUUUUUGGCUUUAGUUGAUAGAGUUUUUCCUUCUUGGUUAAAUAGUUAUGUGCAGGGAGGUAUUAUCUUAAUGUAUGCUGGUAUUGUUCUUUUUGUUGGCCGUUUAAUUCGCGGUUUUGUUUCUUCACAACCUUUGGAUGUAAUUAUCAAUGAAAUUCCAAAUCCUGAUCAUUUAUUAAAAAUUUGUCUCGAUAUUUAUUUGGUCAGGGAAGCUAGGGAUUUUGUUUUGGAGCAGGAUUUAUUUGCAAAAUUAAUUUUCUUGUUCCGUUCACCUCAAACUUUGAUUAGAUGGACAAGAUACAAAACAAAACCCGAGUGA